AUGCCUGAGGAGACGUAGACCCAAGACCAGCCCAUGGAGGAGGAAGCGGUGGAGAUGUUUGCCUUCCAGGCCGAAAUUGCCCAGUUGAUGUCCUUGAUCAUCAAUACUUUCUAUUCAAACAAAGAGAUCUUUUUGAGGGAGCUGAUUUCAAAUUCAUCAGAUGCAUUGGACAAGAUCAGAUAUGAAAGCUUGACAGAUCCCAGUAAGCUAGACUCUGGGAAGGAGCUGCAUAUUAAUCUCAUUCCAAACAAGCAAGAUCGAACCCUCAUGAUUGUAGACACUGGAAUUGGGAUGACCAAGGCCGACUUGAUCAAUAAUCUCAGUACCAUCACCAAGUCAGGGACCAAAGCAUUCAUGGAAGCUUUGCAGGCUGGUGCAGACAUCUCCAUGAUUGGCCAGUUUGGUGUGGGGUUUUACUCUGCGUAUUUUGUUGCUGAGAAAGUGACUGGGAUCACCAAACAUAAUGAUGAUGAGCAGUAUGCAUGGGAGUCUUCUGCAGGAGGGUCCUUCACAGUUAGGACGGACACAGGAGAACCUAUGGGUCGUGGAACAAAGGUGAUCCUGCAUCUGAAGGAAGACCAAACGGAGUACUUGGAGGAAAGAAGGAUGAAGGAGAUCGUGAAGAAGCACUCUCAGUUCAUCGGCUACCCGAUCACCCUCUUCAUGGAGAAAGAAUGAGAUAAAGAAGUGAGUGAUGAUGAGGCCGAAGAAAAGGAAGAGAAAGAGAAGGAAAAAGAAAAAGAAGAAAAUGAGUCUGAUGACAAGCCUUAAAUAGAAGAUGUUGGUUCUGAUGAAGAGGAAGAAGAAAAGAAAGAUGGUGACAAGAAGAAGAAAAAGAAGAUCAAGGAAAAGUACACUGACCAAGAGGUACUCAACAAAACGAAGCCCAUUUGGACCAGAAAUGCUGAUGAUAUUACUAAUGAAGAAUACGGCGAAUUCUUUAAGAGCUUGACCAAUGACUGGCAAGACCACUUGGCAGUGAAGCAUUUCUCAGUUGAAGGACAGCUAGAAUUCAGAGCCCUUCUCUUUGUCCCAGGACGUGCUCCCUUUGAUCUGUUUGAAAACAGAACGAAAAAGAACAACAUUAAGUUGUACGUACGCAGAGUUUUCAUCAUGGAUAACUGUGAGGAGCUAAUUCCUGAAUAUCUGAAUUUCAUUAGAGGUGUGGUGGACUCUGAGGAUCUCCCUCUAAAUAUUUCCAGUGAGAUGUUGCAACAAAGCAAAAUUUUGAAAGUUAUCAGGAAGGACUUGGUCAAAAAGUGCUUAGAACUCUUCACUGAACUGGCCGAAGAUAAAGAGAACUGCAAGAAGUUUUAUGAGCAGUUCUCUAAAAACAGUAAGCUUGGAAUACAUGAAGACUCUCAAAAUCGGAAGAAGCUUUCAGAGCUGUUAAGGUAUUACACAUCUGCUUCGGGUGAUGAGAUGGUAUCUCUCAAGGACUAUUGUACCAGAAUGAAGGAAAACCAGAAACACAUCUAUUACAUCACUGGUGAAACCAAGGACCAAGUUGCUAACUCGGCCUUUGCGGAACAUCUCUGGAAGCAUGGCUUAGAAGUGAUCUAUAUGAUUGAGCCCAUCAAUGAAUACUGUGUCCAACUGCUGAAGGAGUUUGAAGGGAAGACUUUAGUGUCAGUCACCAAAGAGGGCUUGGAACUUCCAGAAGAUGAAGAAGAGAAAAAGAAACAAGAAGAGAAAAAAACAAAGUUUGAGAAUCUCUGCAAAAUCAUGAAAGACAUUUUGGAGAAAAAAGUUGAAAAGGUGGUGGUGUCAAAACGAUCGGUCACGUCCGCAUGCUGCAUUGUCACAAGUACAUAUGGCUGGACGGCAAACAUGGAAAGGAUCAUGAAGACUCAAGCCCUGAGAGACAAUUCGACAAUGGGCUACAUGGCAGCAAAGAAACAUCUGGAGCUCAACCCUGACCAGCCCAUCAUUGAGACCUUAUGGCGAAAGGCCGAGGCUGACAAGAAUGAUUAGUCUGUGAAGGAUCUGGUCAUCUUACUCUAUGAAACCACACUCCUGUCUUCUGGCUUCAGUCUAGAAGGUCCCCAGACACAUGCUAAUAGGAUCUACGCGAUGAUCAAACUUGGUCUGGGUAUUGAUGAAGAUGACCGUACUGCUGACGAUACCAGUGCUGUUGUCACUGAAGAAAUGCUGCCCCUGGAAGGAGAUGAUGACACAUCGCGCAUGGAAGAGGUCGACUAA